AUGAACAUGCCAACGUUCCGCCAUGGCCGCAUCCGAACCCCCAAGCCUGACUCCAUCCUCUACGCAAACAUCAUGCCCGAUAAGACUCUAGACUGGACGGCCUUCCAAGUCGCCAUCCUUGGCGGGGCAGGCGAUUUCUUCUCAGGCAGUUCGGACCUCACGCGCCGCCCCGAUGAUGACGAGGGAGAAGAUAUCACAGCCUGGUUCGAAGACUUCGGCUUUGAGUCGGCUGGCAGACUCGUGCGAGCCACAGUGAGCACGCGGUUCGCCGGUCACCUACACCAAGAGUUGAAGCAUCAUGGAUAA